AUGCGUCGGCCAGGUCGUCGCCGCUCCAGACGCAGCCGUCGCGGCUUCAGGGCAGAUCUCGUCAGAGCUAUUGAAAUGCGCCACGAGCGUCGCCGUGCCCAAGGCCGCAUGGGAUUCCGUCGAGAGUUUCGCCAGGCCCUUGAGAUGAGCCUUGAACGUGAACGAGCAAUGGGACGCCAGAGUUUGCUUGAGCAAUACAUCGAGGCCUUGGAAAUGAGAGAAGAGCGCCGCCGUUGGCAUGGCGUGGUAAUUUCUCCGGAUUAA